AUGACUCCCAUAGCUCACCAGACUGCUAUUUCUUCCUUCAAUUCCAAUCAUACUUCUUAUGAUCAGUUUAGACCAGACUUUGAUCCAAUUCUGGUGGACAAGUUUUUACAAGACUUGGGGUUAAUAGAAAACCAAUCUCCUAAAACCGAUAAAGUGAUUUUGGAAUUGGCUGCCGGUACAGGUAAAUUCACCAAGAAUCUCGUGGACCAUGGAUGGAAGGACAAUCUCAUCAUUGUGGAACCUAGUAAAGGAAUGUUAGAAAGUUUUGAAAAGAACUUUCCUGGAAUCAAGACUCAUUUGAACUCGUCUUAUGAUAUUCCAGCUGAAGACGCGUCGGUAGAUUCGGUGAUAGUUGCCCAAGGUUUUCAUUGGUUUGCUGACAGGGAUUCUCUCAAAGAGAUCAAGCGAGUUUUAAAGCCAUCUGGAACUUUCGGAUGUAUUUGGAAUUACGAUGGUCCAUCUCCAUCGCAAGUUGAUGUUGGAUCCAAGACUCAUUAUUUGUUGGAUAAUAGUUUAUCAACCAAAGUUCAUAUUCCUGAAGGAGCAGACUCAAUGGAUAUCAGCAACUCAACUAUAGGGCUCCACAAGUGGAACGUUCACUUGGUUGAUUAUAUUUAUUCUUUUGAUGUGGAUGUUCCUCAAUACAGAACAGGCGUAUGGAAGAAAGUUUUGAUGGAUAAUGAGUAUUUCAAGCCAAUAGAAGUCGAAACAUACUUCUACAAAAUUUCCAGCAUUCCUAAACAUUCAGUGUUUCAAUAUUGGUUAACCAGAUCUUUUAUUACAAAAUUGCUGGAUGAAGAAAAGGUCAAAUGUGAAAAGACAAUCAACGAGAUCAUCGAUAAAUAUGUAACCGACGACGAUAAGAUACAAGAGAACGGCAAUAUUUAUUUACAAAGGGUUUUGGGAACUCACUCUAUCGUUGCUUUCCCAAAGUAA